AUGGAGGAAGUGUGUUCGUGCAAGUCGUUGGGUCGAGUGACACGAGAUGUGUUGGAUGUGGCCUUGACUCAAGUCACACCGGCGGUUAAAAAUACUGCAGAAUUCGUAACAGUUCCUGAUGUGACUUGGAAUGAUGUUGGUGGCCUUGAGGAGACUAAGAUGCAUCUGCACAAUCAAUUUAUGCUUCUCAUAGACGAUUGGGAAAGAGCGCAAGCUCUGCGAAGGCGAUCUGGAGGUGUUUUGUUGGAAGGACCUCCAGGGUGUGGCAAGACACUGAUUGCCAAGGCCCUCUCCAACACCGCUGGACUCAACUUUCUCUCUGUGAAGGGUCCAGAGAUUCUGAACAAGUUCCAAGGUGAAAGCGAGCGCCGAAUCAGGGAAAUAUUCGAGCGAGGACGCGCGUGUCAACCUUGCCUCAUCUUUUUCGACGAAAUCGACGCCAUUUGUCCACGACGAGAUGUAGAUGAGACCUCUGGCAGUCGAGUGAGUGUGGUGAACCAGUUAUUGGUGGAGUUGGAUGGAAUUGACAAGCACCGACAGGCGAGGGUGUUUGUAGUGGGCGCGACGAAUAGGAAGGAUAUGAUUGACGAAGCAGUUUUAAGACCAGGACGCCUGGGUCUGCAUUUGAGCGUUGCGCCUCCGGUGUCUCAAUGCGAGCGAGCUGACGUCCUCUCCGCGUGCACUCGUGGGGCUACUGCUCCAAGAAUUGAAGGUGGAACAGAGGUGCUGCAACGUGUUGCGGCCGAUUCUCGCACUGAUGGAAUGAGUGGUGCAGACUUGGAAAACCUGCUGGAAAUGGCAAAACUGAAGGCUCAGUUGGCAAAGAGGGAUUUCCUGAUAGAAGAUGAUUUAAAGAUUGCUUUGAAUGAGUUGAAAAAGUAG